UGAAGUUUAGUUCUUCUUGUGCAAAUUAUUUAUUGUUGCAACGUGCGGCGUCAACAGCCGAGCCAGGCCAAGCUAAUCCUCUGCGCAGUCAGUCACAACAAAACGCAAUCAUGGCGAUGCAAAGGAAAACUAGCGUUCGGCUGCCGCCAGAGGUGAACAGAAUAUUGUACGUCAGAAAUCUGCCGUACAAGAUCUCGGGGGAGGAAAUGUACGAUAUCUUCGGCAAGUACGGAGCCAUCAGGCAGAUCAGAGUUGGAAAUACACCAGAGACUCGUGGCACAGCUUUUGUCGUCUACGAAGACAUCUUUGAUGCCAAAAAUGCCUGUGAUCACCUGUCAGGCUUCAACGUCUGCAACCGCUACCUUGUCGUCCUGUACUACCAGCCUACCAAGGCCUUCAAACGAGUGGACCAAGAUAAGAAGAAGGAAGAAAUUGACAGAGUCAAAAAGAAGUACGGUGUGUCUGAUGACUGAAGUCUACCAAGCUCCCAAGUCCUGCUGUUCACUGUUCACCUGUAUUCAGUAAACAAAACCAUGUCUUCAUCACACCA